UCUCACAAAAUAUGUUUUGCGCUCUGUAACGAGUCGGGCUGUUGUCGACAUGGCGGCUGCUAUCUGCAGAGUUCUGUCCUUCAGUAGGAAUACUAAGGUGCUCGUUUCACCUUUGAGGUUCACUGCUGCGCCUGCCCACCAAUAUAACGUAGAUGUUUCAAGUACCGGUGAGCCUAUAACUCACACCGGCCAGGUGUUUGAUGUAAACGAUCCCAGAAGAGUCAGGUUCGUUGGGAAACACAAGGAGGUGAAUACUAACUUUGCCAUUAAGCUGGUGGCAGAAGAGCCAGUGUCUUAUGUUGAGACCAGAGUGAUCUCUUGUGAUGGAGGUGGAGGAGCUCUCGGACACCCGAAAGUCUACAUAAACUUGGACAAAGACACAAAAGUGGGCACAUGUGGAUACUGUGGACUGCAGUUCAAGCAGAAGCAUCAUCACUGAAAUGUUGUUUUUGCUGCUCUGUAUAAAAUUUCCAUAACCAAUAAAUUAUAUCCUCCCUGUCUAUUUCAGAAUAACUUUCUCCUUUAACAAAUGUAUGGCGUUACAAAUAAUCGAAAAAUGUAAUUGUCUGUGUGGGAUUAACUAAUCCCUGGGUUCUGUUUUCUAAUGUAGUUCCAUAUGUGACCAACAGAGGUCAGUGUUGUCCUGGUCAUGUAGUGAAAGGCUCUUCAUCCUCAGAAAUAAAGACAAAUCAGUA